AUGCACUCACAAUACCGAUUAGAUUUUGAAUUAUUUUCACUAAUUUUGGGAAAAUCAUUGCCAUGGCAGCUUUUGGAUGUAAAUAUGACGGGUAUUCUAACAUUUCGAGAUUUGGCUUGUUUUUUGAGUACAUUACUUCGAGAUGAUCCUACUGAAAAAUUGACCUUGCUUUAUAGAUGUCACAUUCCUCCAGCAUUUAACAUGUCUGAUUUGGAUGAGAUUAUUCCAAAUUCUGUUGAUGUUAAUUCUACUGAUGAUAAACAAGAAGAAUCAUGUUUUGAAGCAGGCGAUGUUUUAGGCAGCGAUAAUAAUGCAACACCCGCAAAAACUGAUGAUGAAGCAACAAAAGAGGAAACAAAUAAAAUUAAAGAAGAAACCGAUUUAAUUAAAGAAAGUGUCGACAAUCCAAUUAUUAAAAUGAGUGUUAGUUCUUCCCUCCCAAUAUUGGAUAAUCAACAACAACAACGAUUAUCUUCAUCAUCUUCAUCAUUCUCACUUGGAACAACUUUAUCUAUUGCAAGUACAAAUGUCAAUUUUAUCAAUAAAGUAAAAUUACCUGAAGAAGAAAAUGUAAAUAAAUGGUUUCCGUCGAGCAAAACGGAACAAGAAGAAAAUCAAAAAAUUAAUAAAAAAUUAAAAAAACAAAUUAUAAUAACUAGUUGUUCGUCUCCCUCAAUUUCUACUACUACUGCUACAGCAUUAACCAUAAAUGAAGAUAAUAAUGCACUUUUACGAUCUAUGACUACAACAGAUGAAACUUUUACUGAAGAAGAAAGUCGUAGCGAAUUUAGUGAAUUUUCUCUAUUAAACACGGAUAACCGUCUUCUCCAACGACAAAAACUUUUAGACGAAAAUGAUAGCAAAACAACAAAUGUUUGCAACGCAAAAGUUAAACCAGAGAGAAGGCCUUUACAAACACAACUUGAACAUAUUAAUCAAAUUCAAUUUAUUCAAUUUUGGAAAACAAUUUAUGAUAUGAUUGGAAGCAUGAAUAUAUUAAACAAUAAUAAUUUAUAUUCAUCUCCCUCAACGUCUACUCAAAGUGAAGGAGCAUUUUUAUUACCUCCUCCUCAUUUACCAUCUCAAGAAGAGGAUGCAAAUUUGUUUAAUUCAUUAGCUUUUGCUGGUACUUUAUUGUUACAGUUGGGAGAUGCUAAUAAAAAUCAUCGAGAACAAGUAGAACGGCAAAUAGUCGAAGCUCUAGGUGAAGAUGCUAAAGCAACAAUGUCUGUCGCAAUGAAUUUGGCUGAAAAUAACGAAGACAACAACGAGAGGGGAAAGAAACCUGGGGAUUUAGAUUCUUGUAUUAAAGACGGUGAAUGGCGUUUAUCACUUCAACAAAUUAUAGCUACAGUUUUGGCUCAACCUUCUCUGGCAACAUUUUUCGAAGGAAAAUAUCCUUUAUUUUUAUUAAACCAACAACAACAAUCACCUUCUUGUAGUACAAAUACAUCAACAGCUUCUUCUCCUAUCAAAACAUUUCCAAAUAAUUAA